UUGGCCUUUUGCGACGACAUUCUCGUACACGUGUCCCGCUCCUUCGCUGCCGUCAUUCGGCAAUUGCCCGACCGACUCCUCGUCGAUAUUCUCGUCUUUUACCUCGUCCUGCGCGCGCUCGACACGAUCGAAGACGACACGACGGCAUUCGCCUCGCCCGAAGAAAAAAUCGACUAUCUCCUGAACUUUCACCGGACGGCCUUGGCCGAUCCGGACUGGAAUUUGCAACACGUGGGGCAGGGCGACGAACGCCGCUUGUUGCAGCAGUUCCCCCAGUGCCACCGUGUCUACGCCAAGCUCGCCGCACCCUCGCGACGCGUCGUCGCCGACGUGACGGCCCGCAUGGCCACCGGGAUGGCCGAAUUCGUCCGCAAGGAUCUCGGACAGGGCACCACCAACACCGAACAGUACAAUCGCUACUGCCACUUUGUCGCCGGACUCGUCGGGGAAGGACUCUCCCGACUCUUCGCCGCGUCCGGACUCGAAGCCGGAUCCUUCGCCGGCGAAUUGCACCUUUCCGAUCAAAUGGGACUCUUUUUGCAAAAGACCAACAUUAUUCGGGAUUAUUUGGAAGAUUACGUCGAUCAACGCGCCUUUUGGCCGCAGUCGGUGUGGAAAAAAUACGCCGCUACGGACGAUUUGGGGUACUUUGCGCAAUCGAUUGGCACGGACGACGGUCGCGACCGGGCCUUGGGAUGUCUGAACGAACUGGUGACGGACGCCUUGGAACUCGUACCCGACUGUCUGACCUACCUCGCGCGCUUGCAGUGCCAGGAAAUUUUUCGUUUCUGCGCCAUUCCACAAGUCAUGGCCAUUGCUACUCUGGACAAGUGCUACCACAACGUUAACGUCUUUACCGGAGUCGUCAAAAUUCGCAAGGGACUGUCCUGCAAAUUGCUACUCCGGACCAACACUCUGUCCCAAGUCCACGAAACCUUUUAC